GCAUGAAACUAAAUUCAUCCUUCACUCUAAGCUAUUUAUCUCAGACUAUUCUUCAAAAUGGUGGAUAUCGAGUUGACAUAUGUCGAGACAAGAAGCCAUCUGUCUCAGCCAAGUGUACAGAACGCAAGCAUCAAAGAAGAGUCGUCCUCAGACGAAAAUAAAUCCCAAUGCAGUUUGCCGCCUGGUGGCCCAGAUCCGACAGGCAAACAUCCAGAGUCAUCGAUAGCCGCACAAAGUGUUGAAGCUGAUCUGGAUAACAAAGAUGAAGACUUGAUCACGCUUCCCGCUGCAAAAUUAGAAGAGUGGUUGAAACAUGGCAUCCGAGUUUUACGAGAGAGUCGACAAAGAACGAAGGCUAUUGGAUCUGAUCCAGAAUACGAAGCGUUAGAAAAUGAACCAGAAAAUCCAGGUCCGCAACACUUUGAGACUUCUUCCCUACCAGAUAGAAUUUUUGGCAUACCAGUUGAUGAGAAACUUAUUCAACAUUAUACCAAUGAGUUUCUUUCUAAACGUGAGGACCAGCAAUGGUUUACAGCAACUCAGAGAAAAUUUGUCAAUCCAUUCUUCGAUAGAGUCCGUAGGAAUCCUUUCUAUUUUAAAGAAAUAAGUGCAGACUCGCCAUUGAAACAUACAAUUGACAUAAAUGAGUUGAGGGAUUCUCGGCACGGAGAUGGUGAUGAAGAUCGUAGCUCUAUUAGUCGUUUCGGCGGCAUCCAAAUUUAUGGAAUAUCAUUGGAGAAAGCAUGGGAGAAGCAUUUCAGUAAAGUAUUCAAGCCUCAAUCAUUCAGUGUUGCUCACCACCAGUGGUCUGUGGCGGUACGAAAAGUAUUGCUUCGAGAAUGUUUAAUCGCAACCGCAGCUUCGAGGAGAUCUAUUCUCGUUGGGAUUUGCUAUGCUCAAAUGGUAUGUAACGGUGCUGCUCAUGGUGGUGAUUUAACCAUUGGAUCUGUACUUUCUUACUGUUUUGAUACUGGAGUCCUUUCGAGGGGAGAAGUGAAUGAUCAUGAAGGCAUUAUAUUGCUUGCAGGAAUCAUGCCUAUAUUCAACGAUUACAUAAGGCUAGAUCCUGAUUUCAGAUCCUACUCUUACCUUGGUAAUUUAUACGGUAGAAAGUUAUUCGUCUGGCUUAUGUGCAUCAAGAUCGAAGAAGUUCUUGCGCUGAAGCUGAAAGAGUUUAUGCUCAUUAUACGGUUUCUCAAGGUGCAAUCAACUUUCCCAAUCGGCAAGAUAGACAAUCCUUCCUCAAUAUCUCUCGUUAUUAAUGAUCUAAACUUUAAGUCGUUAAAAGAAAUCGGCGGUCUACAAUUGGUUUGGACAGAGGUACUGGAGGAACAUUUCCUUCUCAAUCCAGAAACUAAGCAAUUGUUCGUCACAUUUUUCGGAAGCGUGGAGGAAUUCAGAGGAUCAUUCGGAGGACCAUCGUCAUUUUCUUGGUAAAUGGUGUCGUCUAUUAGAGACCUAGUGUACUUACUCAUUUAUACCUAGGGGGCCAUCUGGUGGUACGCCUAUUUGGAAUGCUUUUGAUCCCAUGAGUGAUUCCAAAACGUAUGGACCUCGCAUUAUUGACGGCGUUCACAAAACGUGGGAUCUGUUAAAUUCAGCUUCGGAAGAUCGCAGAAAGCUUUAUAGAUCUAUAGUUGGUAUGAAUGGAUGGGCAACAGAACGGCUGUGGAAGGAUACUGGUACAAUCACCUCAUCAGAAUACUCCUUCUUAGACUCGUAUCACGAUGCUCCUUCCUUUACGAUCAGAUUGGCUAUACUAAAUAAUUCUGAAGUAUCUUACAGUCAUUUCGGUCCUCUUGAACAUCGCGUCCGGAUUCUCCGAGAAUACAUGGACAAGCGGAAACCGCGUGGUUUUCGACAGCUCUGGAGGGACAGCAGAGAUUCGUUCAAUUAUUACACAUUCUGGGGAGUUAUAAUUUUUGGGGUCGUCAGUGUUUUCUUGGCAACGGCAUCACUUGUAGUUAGCAUUGCUCAGACAUACGCUUCUUUCAAGUCUCUUGGAUAGCUGAUGUGAAUUGGUACUGUGGAAUGUUUCGUUGGGAAUGGGUUGAUCACUUAUGAGACUAUGAGACAAUGAGGUGCGAUGAUAGCUUGAUGAUGCUGCUGCUGCUGCUGAUAAUGAUGGGCUUUUAUUUCAUUUUUCUUGAACUCGGUAAUAAAAUAUACGACUAAAUACCAUCAUAUUUCC